AGAGGGGCGCCACGAGCGGAAGCUGGGCAGGGCAUGCCGGGAGUUGCAGUCCCUGGCGGUGACGGAGCGGUGGGGCGAGGAGUAAGAGGAGGAGGAGGCGGCGCCGGGCAGAGGCUUCCCGCCCGGGGCCCGGCGAUGGCAGCGGGCGGAGACGGCGGUGGCCUCGGACAGGGUGUCUCUCGGGCCGGCAGUGAGGUCGUGGGUCCCUGAGAGACCCGGGGAUGGAGGUCGGAGAGCAGGAGGAGAGCAGGAGAGAACACUGGACGCUGUUGGGGAACCUGAAGGCUACGGUGGAAGGCUUAGUCUCCAUCAACCAUCCCAACGUCUGGUCGAAAUAUGGCGGCUUGGAGCGGCUCUGCAGGGACAUGCACAGCAUCCUGUAUCAUGGCCUCAUCCUAGACAAGGUGCAUUGCCAGAAGACAGACUACUGGCAGUUUGUGAAGGAUGUGCCUAGGCUGAGCCCCCACGCGGCCCAUCAUGUGGAGAAGUUCCUCCACCUUCACGAGAACGGGCAGCAGAAUCCCGACAAGGCCAGAGAGCGAACGGUUGCCGAGCUCUGGCUUCAGCACAGCCUGCAGUUCCACUGCCUCUCAGCUCAGCUGAAGCCUCUGCUGGAGAACAAGCAGUAUAUCAGGAAAUUCUACACUGAUUCAGCUUUUCUGCUGAGUGACGCCCACGUCACCGUCAUGUUGCAGUGCCUGGAGGCUGUGGAGCAGAACAACCCCCGGCUUCUGGCCCAGAUCGACGCCUCUAUAUUUGCCAGGAAAGGCGAAGCCUCCGAGUCCCGGACGAAGAGCCUCACAGCCCUGUUGGGGUCCAUCUCUACCCCUCCUGCUGAAAACACAGCCCAUCGCUACCUCGGCUCCUUCUCAGGGCUUCCGUCCACCUACGCCAGCAUCCCAGACAGGAGAUUAUCAAGCCCUCCGGCGUUCGGUGGCACCGUUCGGUCUGAAGAAAACGCCGCUUGGACCUCCACUCCCCGGCAUCAGGAAGGCAGGUGCCCCCAACACCUGGCCGGUCCUCCUCUCGGCAUCUCCAGCCCCAACGACGCCAACAAUGCCCCGGCUGCUGGGACGAGCACCGGCCUUCCGCCGAACCCGACCUCAGACCCCUGGUCCGGAAGCCAAGAUGAGACGGACGGGCCGGAAUAUCUGGCCAUCGGGAAUCUCGGCCGGCCGAGUCGGGCUUGCGACAGUCCCGAAGUAUCCGGCCCGGCCACCUUGAACAGUUCAGGGAGCAGCUCCUCCAAUCUGUUUUCGUCCGGCAGCUCUCAGAAGCUGGAGUCGGUUUCCUCCUGGGGGGAGCUAGGAGGCAGCUGGAAGUCCUCGCUUUUACGGCGGUCCAGCUUCUCCGAGGGACAGACCUCGGUUCUCCAAGGGAAACCCAAACGGAGCCACGUGCGUUCCCAGUCGGACACCAAUGUGGCUUCUGCAAAAGCUCAUGGAGGGCGCAGAGACAUCAGCAUUAUAAUCGAAGAUCCUGUCGCAGAGUCCAAUGGAGACAUUUUGCAAUACAAGGGCAACCUCUCCUGUCUGGGGCAGAGUCAAGAUGGAAGCACUCCCGGAUCGGUGUACAUUGAAUACGACACUGGGCAGUAUUUGCAUCCAGGCGAAGGGAUGUUCCGGAGGCCCACAGAAGGCCAAUCCCUGAUCAGCUACCUGUCGGAGCAAGAUUUCGGCAGCUGUGCAGACUUGGAAAAGGAAAACGCUCACUUCAGCAUCUCCGAGUCGCUGAUUGCGGCGAUCGAGCUGAUGAAGUGCAACAUGAUGAAUCGUCAGAUAGAAGAGGAGGAGGAAGAAAGUGACAAGGUGAUACAAGACCUCAAGCAGAAGAUCCGCAUCCGCCGGCAACAGAUUCGUACCCGCUACCUCCACCCGGCGUGCCAGGACGUGGGCUCUGACAGUCUGAAAGCGACAGACAGUGGAUCGUACUUCAGCUCCCAAGACUCAACCUGUCCCUCCGACUCGGGAUCUGCGGAAGAGGUGGAUGAGUAUGAGAUCCGAGAUGGAAACGAAGGAUCCAACCUGAUUCACAUGUUCAACAGUGAACUGUCCGUCUCAAUGGCCUCGUUGUUUUCAGAUGCGGACAUCAAGAGGAACCGGCCUCCGAGCAAAAAGUCCUUCCUUUCCUCUAGUUCCACGAGCUACCACACCAUCCUCAAUUCGAACUCGGCAGAAGCCGUAGCUAUGGGCUUGCUGAAGCAGUUUGAAGGAAUGCAACUGCCCGCAGCCUCUGAAUUGGAGUGGCUGGUUCCCGAACACGACGCCCCGCAGAAGGGUCCCUUAAUGUUUCUUAAAAAGCUUUUUAAGCGCCCCAAGUGGUAUAAGAAACGACGGCUUUCCCGGAAGCUACUGCUGCUAUUGCCAAUUCCCGAUUCCGUGCCCAUCUCCCCGGACGACGGCGAACACGCUGAUAUUUACAAGCUCCGCAUCCGGGUACGGGGGAACCUGGAGUGGGCCCCCCCACGCCCGCAGAUCAUCUUCAACAUCCACCCGGCACCGACGAGGAAGGCAGCAGUGGCCAAGCAGAACUACCGCUGCGCCGGCUGCGGGAUCAGGACAGAUUUUGAUUACAUCAAGCGGAUGCGCUACUGCGAGUACCUGGGCAAAUACUUCUGCCAGUGCUGCCACGAGAACGCCCAGAUGGUCAUCCCCAGCCGCAUUCUCCGCAAGUGGGACUUUGGCAAAUACUACGUCAGCAACUUCUCCAAGGACCUGCUGCACAAGAUCUGGAACGAUCCCCUCUUCAACAUGCAGGACGUCAACGCCGCCCUGUACCGUAAGGUCAAGCCGCUCAACCAAGUCAGGCUUCUGAGAAUUCAGCUGUACCACAUGAAGAACAUGUUCAAAACCUGUCGCUUAGCUAAAGGGCUUCUGGAUGCCUUUGAUGCGGUGCCGGGUCACCUGACCGAGGACCUUCACCUUUAUUCCUUAAAUGACCUGAGCGCCAUCAAGAAGGGGGAUCUGGUUCCCCGCCUGACCGAGCUCCUCCGGGUGGGAGAACUACACGUUGAGAAAUGCAUGCUGUGUCAAGCGAAGGGCUUCAUCUGUGAAUUCUGCCAGAAUGAGGAGGACAUCCUGUUUCCCUUUGAACUCAGCAAAUGCAAAACGUGUGAAGAGUGCAGAGCUUGCUACCAUAAGGGCUGCUUCCAGUCGGGACCUUGCCCCAGAUGUGCCCGCCUUCAAGCGCGGCGGGAACUCUUAGCCAAGCAGAGUCUGGAAGCCGAUCUCUCGGAUUAUGAGCCGGAGGAGGACACGGUAGGAGCAGCCACGUGACGGCCGAGAACCUGCAGGUCGCCGUCCGGCCUGCGCCCUUCGAGCACCGGACUGACCGACGGACAAAGCUGGAUGCUCUCUUCCCCCCCCACACACACGCUCCCUAGCCAGCACUUCGCAACUCAGCCCGGAGAAGGGAAAUCCUUCCUGGACGAGAACUGACGUCUGGCGCCAACUCAGAGACACAACGAAGAAGGAUGCUUCUUUCUACCGAAAGGCACAGGAGACGAUUUGGGGCGCGCCCCGUCUAGAACCCAGGACUUUGCUCCAUCCACGGAGAGAAGCCGAUGAUGGGCUUUUUCCGGAGGCCGAAUUCCCCCGACAGGAUCCGGCCGCGCUCCUAAAAGGGAAAAGCCUCCUGUCCUGUUUGACUGGCCGUUAUCGGUUGCUGUGUUGGGGUUGGUUUUUUUUUUUUUCCUUUUUGGUCUUUUUAAAUUUUUAAUAUAUUUUUUUCGGAUCACCCCAUCCUCGCCUCCAAUUCUCUUUAUUCUUCUUUGCUAAACCUCGCUCCUGUUUUGUCCGAUUUGGCAAAGGAGCCAGGAAAAAGGAUUGGGGGGGGGGGGAUACAAACUAUUAGGCCUGUCCCUUUUUCCAAUCUUGGGAGAAAGUUAGUGGGGAAAGGGAGUGGAAUAACCAGAAUGGGAAAGCUGGAUUUGAGCGGGGCUGAAAGGAUUUAAAAAAACAACAACAACUCCUUUCUCAGCUCCUUAAAAGGAUCUGUGCGUGAGAACACACAGACCCACAAGCUCACGGUCGUUUUUCUCUUCUCCCUGUUUGUCUGAAAGGUCUCGUCAGAGGAAUAAUGUCGGUUGAGUUGCAAACGGGACAAUUCCUCCAACGAGAGGAAUAUAUAUAUGUAGGUCUUUGGUUGUUCAGGUUUUCUCCCGCGUAAAAUUGGAAGUGUCUUGGCGACGUUUCGACGAAGUCCCAUCCGUCAUCUUCAGGCUGGUGUUUUCAGCUUCGUGCCU